AUGUCCUGUUCUAGUUUUUUUUUUGUUUUCUCGAUCAUCAUCAUCAACAACAACAUUGAUGAUGAUCGAGGGUUGACGAUAACGACGACGACUCUGUCUCUCUCUCUCUUUUUUUUUAAAUUGAAACUUGCAACCACCAGUAUAAAUGCAAUGAUCAUUAAAGCAAUAUUCAGUUAAAUGAUGUUCAAAAUUCAAUCGAUAAACAUGGUUACAUCAAAACAUAAUCAUCAAACAUUUACAUUGAUUAUGAUGAUAAUAACAUUGAUAACAUUGAUAACAACAAUAUUAUUACCAAAAAUUGAUGCAUGUUCCUGUUUGGCAAAUGUUAAUCAACCACAAUAUUGUAAUACGGAUUUUUUUGCUUUACUUCAUAUAACCGAUGAAAAAAUGGAUGAAAAAUCAAUGAAUUUAGUAUAUCAUUUUCAACCGUUAAGUAUUAUCAAUGAUAAACAACGAUUAUUGAAUACAUAUCGAACGCUGCAUACAUAUGCAUCAUCAGCUGCAUGCGGUAUAAAACUUAAACCUGGUGAUCGUUAUCUGAUUGGUGGUAAUCUGGAUCGUGAAAAUGAUCGUAAUCGACUAUUAUUACAUCUUUGUAGUUCAUAUGUUGAACAUUAUGUACGAGGAUUAGCUGUAUUGACUAAAGAUUUUCAUAGCCUGCUACAAAAUUGUCGAUCAUUUGAUGAUAAAACUACAUCGGUUAUGAUUGAUAACGAAGUUGGAAAUAAAGAAAUUGAAUCUGUUGACCACCAGCAACGAAAUAAUACAAAUCAUCAAUUGGAACGAGAAGGAACACCAAUCAUCAGUUUUCCACAAUGGGGCCUUACCGAAGAUGAUAUUAUUCAACGACGAUCAAGACGUCGACAACAACGAAAGAAUUAUAAAUCUCAAUAAUAAUAAUCUGAUAAUCACACACACACAAACUAUUUAUUUAUUGAAUGAUUUGAUUUGA